CUGAUAGGGAGCAGGGGCUGACACUACCCCCGUGUGGGCGGCGGAACGUCCCGAGGAUGACGUGCGGCGUUCUCGAAUCCCGUGUCUCGCUCGCUCGCUCGCCGCCGCCGCCGCCGAAGGAAACGGGAAAAGCAACAAGGAGGCAGGAGCAGGCGCGGCGCCAUGGCGGCCCUGGAGCGGCCCGUGCCCAGUCCCGAGGCGUUCCUGGGCCAGCCCUGGGCCGCCUGGGUGCGGGAGGCCGCCCCCCCGCACGCGCACGGCGCCGCCCCCCCGCACAGUGUAGAUCUGGAAGAGACUGGAAAGGAGGGUGGAAAGAGCAGGGAGGUUAUGAGGCUUAAUAAAGAAGAUAUGCACUUAUUUGGCCAUUAUCCAGCUCAUGAUGAUUUCUAUCUUGUAGUGUGCAAUAUCUGCAAUCAGGUAGUCAAGCCACAGGUUUUCCAGUCACACUGCGAACGAAGACACAGUUCAAUGUGUAAACCUUCCCCUUCUCCAGCUUCUCCAGCCUGUAAUUCCAGGACAUCCCUAGUACAGAUGAAACCGAAAUCCUGUAUCAGCGGCCAUAACCCUGUCAGCAGCAACUCAAAGCCAUUCAAAACGCCCAAAGACAAUCUACUUACCUCCAGUAGCAAACAGCACACAGUCUUUCCUUCAAAAGUAUCACGGGAUAAACCAUGUGUUCCUGUUCCAGUAGUCAGUCUAGAGAAAAUUCCUAACUUAGUGAAGGCAGAUGGUGCCAAUGUUAAAAUGAAUUCUGCAACCACUACCACCAUCACUUCGUCCUCAACUUCUUCAUCCACCAUACCUGCUCCAACUUUGGUUAAAUCUGGUUUGACAUCUAAGUCAGUGCCACCAUCACCAGAAAAGAUUCUGAACGGCAAAGGAAUUGUAGCUCCAUCAAUAGACAAGAAACACCAAAAUGGCACUAAAAGCAGUAACAAGCCUUACAAAAGACUUUCAGAAAGAGAAUUUGACCCAAAUAAGCACUGUGGAGUACUGGAUCCUGAAACAAAGAAACCUUGCACAAGAUCCCUCACCUGCAAGACUCAUUCACUUAAUCAUCGACGAGCAGUUCCAGGCCGUAAAAAACAGUUUGACAUCCUUCUAGCUGAACACAAAGCUCGAUCCAGGGAAAAAGAAGCCGCAAAAGACAAAGAGCAUCCGCCAUCUGCAAGGGAAAGCUAUCAGAGCCAGCCCACACCAGCACAAGACUCUCUGUCAGGAUCCUCAGUGAACUCUGGGCAAGAAUCUAAAGUAACAUCUCCUGCAAAAUCUAGACCACCAAAUUCUGUACUUCCAAGACCUUCAUCUGCAAAUAGCAUAAACAGCAACAGUUCUUCAAACCACAGUGGGUACGUACCAGAACUGCCACUGCCUUCCAUGGGAGGAGAUAUCACAAGCAGAUUGUCCAGUGAUGAAGGAGAAGCGGAUGGAGCUGAAGAAUCUGAGAAAUUAGACUGUCACUUUUCUGGACACCAUCCCAGACCUCUUGGGUUCUGUUCAUAUGGCAGUCGCUUAAUGGGAAGAGGGUACUAUGUCUUUGACAGAAGAUGGGACCAUUUUCGGUUCGCACUGAACUCCAUGGUAGAAAAACACUUGAACUCACAGAUGUGGAAGAAAAUCCCUCCUGCGGCAGACAGUCCCAUGCCUUCUCCAGCAGCACAUGUCUCCACUCCUUUUCCAGCAUCAGUCUUACAGCCCUUCAGCAACCCCAGUGCAGUGUAUAUUCCUUCAACACCUAUCAGUUCAAGAAUCACUUCUUCUUACAUAAUGACAUCAGCCAUGUUAUCAAAUGCAGCCUUUGUGACAACGGCAGAGACAAAUUCCAUUAUGUCACACACCACAGCUUUUCCUCACGUGGCUGCAAGCCUAAGCAUCAUGGACUCAACUUUUAAGGCGCCAUCAGCUGUGUCACCAGUGCCAGCAGUCAUCCCUUCCCCAUCCCACAAGCCAUCCAAAACAAAAACCAGCAAAUCCUCAAAAGUGAAAGACCUGUCAUCUCGGAGUGAUGAGUCUUCAAGUAACAAAAAGAAAAAGCCGCAGUCGUCGUCUUCAUCGUCGUCAUCCUCCUCAUUAUCUUUGCAGACAUCUUCCUCAUCUUCAUUUUCAGGGUCCCACAAAAAGAACUGUGUCCUGAACCCCAGUUCAACGUUGAACUCCUAUCAGGCGACAUCCUCCUAUAACAGUGUGUCUGUGCACAAUAAUGGAACAAGCCCACUCAGUGCCAAAUCGGAGCCCUCAGGACGGACUUCAUUGUCAAGUAGUUCAACAGACUCAGUGAAACACAUGAGCAUGGUAGUGAGCAGUAUUGACACUUCUAAUCUGUCUGUAUCUUCUCUUGUGCACCACUCAGGGGACCACUCCCUGGGAGCACAUAAUGCAGUGUCUUCUCUACCCCUUUCUUUUGACAAAUCAGAAGGAAAAAAACGUAAAAACUCUAGUUCUAGUAGCAAAGCCUGUAAAAUCACUAAAAUGCCUGGUAUGAAUAGUGUUCAUAGAAAGAGCACUGCCAACCUUAUUUCUGCGGUGCCAGAUCCUACAAGCAGCUCCAUCUCUCGGCAGAUUGGAAAAAAUAGCAGUGUAGCUUUGUCACAAUCCAGUCCUUCGAGUACAUCAAACCCAGUACACAACAGACAAUGCUUUUAGGUGCCUGAAAGUGUUAACACUUCAAGACCUCAGUAUGCGGUGGUUUUUAAAUACUGAAUAACUAGAUCAUUUUAUUAAGGGAAGGUGACAACGUGUAUGCUGUGUGAGGAUUCCUUGUGCAUGAAAACAUGCUGUGUAGAGGAAAAGAUUCUUCAGAGUUGUCGUCUAAUUGCUGCUCUUUAUUUGUAAUGAUAACCAAGUUAAAGAACAUGAAAUUCACCAAAGCUUACUAAAAUCAGACCGUCCCAAAAGGAAAUGUGCCAUUUAUUCAAAGCAGUUCCUUUUUUUAAAGGUCUAAUGUAGUCAGUAAACAGGGAGGAAAUUUAGUUCAGGGACUUGAAAUAAAUUCCUGCUUUGAGUACUGUCAGCCACAGACAUUAUUGAAGUGUUUUAUACCAAAAGACAUUGUGUGAUUUUGAACCUGGCUCUGGUUUCUCUUUUAGAAGACAUCAAACCGGACUGGUAGAAUAAGGACUCUUCCAUAACAAGGAAAAGGAACCAGCCUAUAAUCUCUAGCUCUCAGCAGCCCUACUCCACAGGGUUUUUCUUUUCUAUGUCCUGCAGAUGGAUUUAAUCUUUUAUGAAUUUAUGGUUUUAAUGAGAAUUAAAUUUACAGAAAACUGUAA